CCCCCUCCACAAAACUCAUCUGAUAAAACACAACGAGAGCUGGAGGAAUCAAAGACACCGUCUACACGGUUCUCCGUUACCGCUGGAGCAGCACCACCAAUCCCGCAGCACGCCUCCAGCUCUGUCUUUAUCAAAGCACGCAAACAAUAGCGGCUGGAAAGGAUCGAGAGGAAUAUAUUACCCGCUUAACAGAACAAUGAACGCGGGCUGAUUUCUCAGGGACAGACGAACUGUUUGAGGAUAAAUGGGUUCAAGGAAAUAUGAACUACAGUGAGGCCUCCUGCUGACCCUUCUCCUGUUGGGUCUGGAGUGCAGCGGCGUGCGGCCGAGAGGACUUCUGAAAGAUGAAGUCCAGUCUGAAACAAUGGCGGCGGCUCGCCCUCGGCCUCAUGCUGGUCUGGGUGCUGCUGUUCCUGGCAUUCCUCUCCUACUUCAUGGAGUCCCGAGUGGAUGACCCUCACUCAGCGGCCGCUCUCUCAUACACUGACACGCGGCGCCUGACCUCAUUGCAGGGCAACCCCCGCACCAUUAUGGCCACCCAUUUGGGGCUUGGCACCUCCUCAACCCCCCCAGCCACCAGCAACACCCAACAGGAGCAAAGCCUGGAGGAAAACCCCAGCGCUGACCCCCAGCCCAGUCCGCUCAGCCAGGAGGCCUACCCCUAUCCCGACCCGCAGAGCCUAGCGGCCUGGUCUGCAUUCGGCACGCAGGACCUGGGCUCCAGAUCGGCCGCUGUGAGUCGCAACCGUGAGAGACAAGAGUAUAAUCAGGAUUCUCCUCAACAGGAUGAAGAAGAGGACGAGGAAGAGGUGGUAGGAGGGGAAGAGGAAGAUGAGGAGGAGACCGAUGACAGCAGGAGGAGGACGACUAAACGGGCGGCUAGGCAUGACGACUCUGACCCGGAUGAGUACUAUGUUCCCAGGUCAAAAUCCGUAGUGCACAGCCUGUGGAAAGGGAGUUUGUCCGUGGGCAUGCUUAGUCCUCGCCUGCAGAGCGCUAUGAAAGACUACCUGAAUAAUAAUAAACACGGCGUGGCCUACAGGGGGCACCGGAAGGCGCAACAGAGCGGCCAACAGGUAAUGUGUGAGCUGAAAAAGGGGGAAAAGGUUCGAACUUUGGAUGGGGCCGAGAUGCCUUUCUCCAAAUUAGGCUGGCAGAAGAUUGUACCUGCCUUACCCUUAAGCCAGCUCUACGGGCCAGGCUUCCAGACCUGCGCUGUGGUCACCUCUGCCGGAGCCAUGCUUCACUCGGGACUUGGCAAGGAGAUUGACUCCCAUGAUGCAGUGCUGCGUUUUAAUACAGCUCCUACCAAGGGUUAUGAAAGAGACGUUGGGAAUAAAACCACAAUACGCAUCAUCAACUCUCAGAUCCUGGCGAAUCCCAAGCAUCAGUUCAACACAAGCUCAUUGUAUAAGAAUGUAACGCUGGUGGCAUGGGAUCCUGCUCCAUACACCCUCAACCUGCACAAAUGGUACUCCAGUCCAGACUACAACCUGUUCACUCCAUAUAGGGAGCACAGGAUGCACUUCCCCACGCAGCCUUUCUACAUCCUGCACCCGAAAUACAUCUGGCAGUUAUGGGACGUGAUUCAGGCUAACAAUCUGGAGAACAUCCAGCCCAACCCACCCUCCUCAGGGUUCAUAGGCAUCCUGCUGAUGAUGUCCUUAUGUGAAGAGGUUCACGUGUAUGAGUACAUUCCUUCACUUCGACAGACAGACCUGUGCCACUACCACGAGCGUUACUACGACGCCGCCUGCACUCUGGGUGCGUACCAUCCCCUGCUUUAUGAGAAAAAGCUCAUCCAGCGCAUGAACGUCGGCUCAGAGGACGACCUCAAACGAAAAGGCAAGGUUACGCUCCCCGGAUUCAAGAACAUCCACUGUGAGCCCUGAACAGAAAGAUGCAAUAACGGCAGAAGAGAUCUGCAGACGACACAGGACCGCACCGAGACCGCUGAGAAAGGACCUUGUUAGAUAUGAGACAAAACCUUCUGCUGUAGUUCACUCAAAAAAGCAUUUCCUGAGCCUAAGCUUAAGUAAAGAUGAUCAGAACAGCAAUAGAUAUGUCAUGAGAAAAGCUUUUUAGAUCUGUGGAUGUUCAUGGUGUUAAAAGCCAUCAGAAAAAACAGUGUUUGUUUUUUUAUUUUAUUAUAUUAUUUUUAAUGGAACUCUGUUUUUGACAGGGUUGAAAGUAUUAGCAGUCAUAAACACUGAAAGCUACACUGUUGGGCGCAUUCACACAAAUGCAUUUUAGCACCAAGGCUAGAUUUAUUCUCUGACUAAAAAUGAGCUUUAUUAAUCUGUCUAUAGAUUUGUUUUCCACACACUGACAGAUUUGAAAGCUUCUCGCCAUAAUGCUAUGAUUGUUUUUGUAAAUUAGGUGUCGUUUUCUGCUGUAAUGUACAUCGUGCCACAUUCACAAGCCUCUUUGAGAAUAGUUUGCUCUUCCAGAAGGUCUCGCUGAACUGUGGCAAAUGAAUCAAUAGUGUUUUCUUACUCUUUGUGUAAAUGUUCCUUCAAAAGCAGGGUACUUUAAUGUACCUGUUAUUAAAAAUAACUUAAAGGAGUUUUUGAAUGUGAACAUGGUUUAUUUCAUUCUCGUUUUAUACUUUGAAAAACUUGUCUAGACAGGUGGUUUACAGAAAAUAGUUAUUAUUGCUUGUACUAUGGACUCAAUGCAGCACUGUAAAUCUUAUUUGGGACUUUAAGGCUGCUGGCAAUAUAACAAGUACAGUGGUGAUAUUAUUUGUUAAUUAUUAACUGAGGUUUUUAAUGUCUUGUAGCCCCUAAAAUCAAGAGGUCUCCAGCUGGAGUCAUCUUUAAAAGCGAAUGAAUUGCGUUGUUGUCUUCUCUUAAAUGUACAGUUAAUGCGAUUUCACUUUGUGGUUUGACUUUUCUAUAGGAGGGAAAACUUGAAGGUUUAUUUACUCAUGUGCAUUGUUUCAAUGUGUGCCAUUUUAAUUAAGACAGAACACUUUCACAAGAUGAUUUUUCUGGAGAUCUGGUGAGGGGAGCUAACGUCUGUUUUAAUCGCUGUUGUAUAUUGUAGAAGUAAAACUAGUAAUUGAUGAUUUCACUCAGGAGCUCACGAUACUCUCUCACCAGGGUGAAAUAUUUCAUUUUCCUUCUAGUCUUAUGAUAGGCUGAGAUGUGUAAAGCUAAUAUUUGACCUUUACUUUGUCUUGUUUCCCCAUGUUGGGGGAUUGUAGAUGUAGAGAAACUGAAGAGUGACUUUUUUUAACAUGGAAUGCAAAAUUAGGUUGGGAUGUAAAAAUUUCAUGACUGGAUUAGAGCAGCUGAACCUGCAGUGUGUCGUCUUCUCAGUGUGACUCAAUGUUUGGGCUGGCCGUGGCUGUUGGGCAUGUGUGACCAAUCACGGUCCAUCGCACUUGCCUCCGGUCUGUGGGAGUUGGAUACUUUAUAUUUUAUUUAUUGACAGGGUAAUGGAAAGGAAAUGACUCAUUACUCCAGUCUUCAGUGUCACAUGAUCCUUCAGAAAUCAUUCUAAUAUGCUGAUUUGGUGCUCAAAAUCAAUAUUGAAAACAGCAUUUAUGUGAAAUGGAAAUGAUAUUACAUUGUGACAUUCAUGUUUUUACUGUCACCUUUGAUGAAUUUAAUGUGUUAUUGCAGGAGAAAAAAAAAAUCAGACCCCAGAAUUUUGUACAGCAAUGUACGCUAACCAUCAGGCCACGGCUUUGCCUGACAAUUGUUUAUCAAUGUGGCCAAUCGGUCAUGUGACCUAUGGAAGGACUAAAACUUUGCCUUCUACUUUCUCUUUAGUUUUUUUACACGUUCUAUGGUCAGAGGCAGAAUUGUGUGUCCUUCCUCUGUGAAUGUGUUUUCUUAAGCCUUUAACAAGAAGUGAUUCGGUGGCAUAACCCCCGUCCCUGUUUCUCACUGACAAGAGACUAGGUGACUGGAGUUGUAGCCAUUUUAAGAGUAUUAUUUGAAGUGUUUACUGUAAAUAGUUUAGGGGUUUUUUUUAUGUCAUGGGGUGAUAUGACUACUUUCAGGGGGUGGGUGGGGGAUGUACAUUACAGUGUACAGAGCAUGUGACAGAAAGCAGGGCUUGUUAGUGUUCAUGGUAAAUACAUUUACAGUUCUAGAAACGGUAGGAUUUAGCCUGUAAUGGGAAAUGUGAGCUGGGUCUCUAGGUUUAGGUUUUGAGCAUAUAGUCUUUGUUCAAGAAUAGAGGAAAUGCAGGUGAUUUCACUGGCAAACUUCAUUGAUGUGUCAUAGAUGUGCACAGUACAAUUAAGAGGACUGUGCCAAAUGUUCUGUUUUCCUAAGUGUGUGUGUGUGUGUGUGUGUGUGUGAGAGAGAGAGAGAGAGAGAAAAUGUCUGAAUGGUACUACAUUUGUGGUGCUUUGUAUCUGUGCCAACUUUCCUUUCUGCAUUUAUAAAAUUUAUUUUCCUUUCCCAUCUAUUAUUUUUCUUUUCUCCCUCUAUACAUUUCCUUUUCAUAAAUGUUCUUUAAAUUUCCAUAUUUUUUCUAUAAUUCUGCACCACAUUUUUUUUUUUUUUUGGUUGUCUGUUAAAAUUAUCUGUGAAAGUCUUGAUCUUUAGACUGUAAAUAUCUGCAAUUGUCUAUUACAGGCCAGUUCACUUUCAAAAGCCUUGGGAUGUUUUAUAAUGUUCAUUUCUCCAUAUGUUAAUACACAUUUGUUAUUGAAUUAAUUUUUAAACCACUAAAUGUUUGUGUAUUCUUUUGACCAUUUGUUUCGAUUAAUAAAACCUUGACCUUUACUUGACCCAGUAA